GCGGAGCGCAGCAUCAUGGCGGACCGAGACAGCGGCAGCGAGCAGGGUGGUGCGGCGCUGGGCUCGGGCGGCUCCCUGGGGCACCCUGGCUCGGGCUCCGGCGGGGGCGGUGGCGGCGGCGGGGGCGGCGGCGGCAGUGGCGGCGGCGGCGGAGGGGCCCCUGGGGGGCUGCAGCACGAGACGCAGGAGCUGGCCUCCAAGCGAGUGGACAUCCAGAACAAGCGCUUCUACCUGGACGUGAAGCAGAACGCCAAGGGCCGCUUCCUGAAGAUCGCUGAGGUGGGCGCGGGCGGCAACAAGAGCCGCCUUACUCUCUCUAUGUCAGUGGCCGUGGAGUUCCGCGACUACCUGGGCGACUUCAUCGAGCACUACGCACAGCUGGGCCCCAGCCAGCCGCCCGACCUGGCCCAGGCUCAGGACGAGCCGCGCCGGGCACUCAAGAGUGAGUUCCUGGUGCGCGAGAACCGCAAGUACUACAUGGAUCUCAAGGAGAACCAGCGCGGCCGCUUCCUGCGCAUCCGCCAGACGGUCAACCGGGGGCCUGGCCUGGGCUCCACGCAGGGCCAAACCAUUGCGCUGCCCGCGCAGGGGCUCAUCGAGUUCCGUGACGCUCUGGCCAAGCUCAUCGACGACUACGGAGUGGAGGAGGAGCCGGCCGAGCUGCCCGAGGGCACCUCCUUGACUGUGGACAACAAGCGCUUCUUCUUCGAUGUGGGCUCCAACAAGUACGGUGUGUUUAUGCGAGUGAGCGAGGUGAAGCCCACCUACCGCAACUCCAUCACCGUGCCCUACAAGGUGUGGGCCAAGUUCGGACACACCUUCUGCAAGUACUCGGAGGAAAUGAAGAAGAUUCAAGAGAAGCAGCGGGAGAAGCGGGCUGCAUGUGAGCAGCUCCACCAACAGCAGCAGCAGCAGCAGGAGGAAACCGCCGCUGCCACCCUGCUGCUGCAGGGUGAGGAAGAAGGGGAAGAAGAUUGAUCAAACUGAAUGGAAAAAAAACCCCACACACAUGCACACACACACACACACACAGCCACACACAGAGAAAAUAUACUGUAAAGAAAGAGAGAAAAUAAAAAGUUAAAAAAAAAAAAAAACUGUUAACUCCAAGGGAGCACCACCCACAGAACCUCCACCAACUGACAGUUUCUCUUCUUGACUUGCCACCCAUCGCUGGAUGUUGUCCACUUUAUCCACCAUAUAAAACAGUAAGCAGCUGCUAAAAAAAAAAAAAUACAAAAA